AAGCCCAGGUCUCCCCUAGCCACGAAAAUAACCCGAAACUCCAUCCCCAAAAGCCAUCCGAAUUUCCUCCGAUCAUCCCCUCACACGUCCAGAGGAUUAUUCACGGUGAUGGAGUUCAAGUGCGCAGUGAUUACAUGGUAAUUGUCAAUAAAAUUGUUCCUCUGGAAAUGCACAGGCGUGACAGACACGAGUGAUGUACCCACCUGUGACGAAACUCAAAAUCAAUUCCUGGAUUUUUCGUGACAGUACGUGGAAAUUAUUUGUCACUUCAUGAGGACAAAAUGCUCACCGAGAUGGUCAGACUCUCCUAUCAACAUCGAGCAUUUUACUGCUACAUUAUCCUCACCAUUUGGAUAUUUCUCCUCGUUGCUGGUAUGUACAAGUACAUAGGAACGGAUGAUAAGAGUUCAUUGCAGAUUAAACAAAGUAGUGAUCUCCCAAUUCGUGAGUUUGCUCGUCACCUCAAACCUGAUGUCAAGAACAAGCGAAUUUUCAAGUUGUGCAAUUCCGUUGAUGACAUCAAUAUUGGAGCUGAAGGCAAAAUAGACGCGAAUUUGACCCUCGAAGGAGUGAUAAUUCUCAUCAGACACGGAGACAGAGGUCCCUUAUCACAUAUCAGAAAUAUUAGCACAGUGAACUGCGCCGGGGACUUCACCCUGAACCCACGACUGGAGACAGUCUACCAGAACUACCAGAAUUUCCUGGAGAAUGCAUCAGUGUAUUCUCGAACUGCAUGGGCCCAAUUCCUGGGUCCAUUCCACGGGUUUCCAAUGCUUCCAACGAACACGAGGGACUGCAAAAUUGGAGAACUCACAACCCUGGGAAUUGGCCAGCUCCUCAAGACUGGGUUGCUCCUCAGGAACGCCUACUACGACAAACUCAAGCUCCAGAACACCUCCAUCACGUCCAAGGACGUCGUCGUGUACAGCACCAGAUACAGGAGGACUGUGCAGAGUGCAGUGGCUAUGCUGUACACUUUUCUGGAGGACAAUGGCUUUCAGAAUCUGGGGAGAAUCAGCAUGAAGGAAGUCUCCAGUUUCACUUUCUGCAAUAGUGAUUGCGCCUGUCCUGCUGCUGAGAAAUUCUCCAAACAGUUCACUAAGGAGACGUCAGAUCGUUUGAAAUCGCACCCAGCGGUGACGAGCUUGAUAAAACAGGCGGCAAAUGUGGUAUUCGAUAUGCCCGAGGAGUCGCCAAAGCCAAACAGCCUGAGAGACGCCCUGUUGACGUACAUCUGUCACGGGGCGAGUCUGCCCUGCGUCGACUUCGACAACCUCCAGAGGAGUUGCGUCAAGACGGAGCACGUGACGGGCCUCUUCGCGUACACGGAGUGGGAAUCCCGGAUAAACAUGAAGAGCCUCAACAGGAGGAAGCACGGCCUCCUGCGGGCCUACGGUCUCCUCAAGACCAUCGUCUCCCAUAUGAUGCAGAUUGUUUCAGAAUCUAGACCCCGGGUGGUUCUCUUCUCGGCCCACGACAAAACCCUGGAGUAUCUGGCGAUUGCCCUGGGGAUCGUCUCCGAUCACGUUGUUCUGCCCCAUUAUGCCACGAGGUUCGUUAUCGAGAUCUGCAGGGCCAACCCCAGGAGUGAAAGCCACAACCCCAACGACUUCUACUUCCGGGUGCUCGUCAACGGCCGUGACGUCACACAGACCAUCCCCUUCUGCAGGAACUCCAAUUAUUACAGUGCUAGCUAUGGGGAUCGAAAUGAGGAUGGCGAAUGGUACAGGAAGGAGUACAAACUCUGCUCCAUCGAGUCAAUCAUCAGACAACUGCACGACGACUACUUCGCCGCUUUCAACGCCAGUAAUUUUAAGGACGCCUGCUUCGGACGCUGACGGGGACCACCAACACUGCCUCUUCAUCACGAUUUAUACGUUUUUUUAGGGUGCGAGAAUAUCCGAGAAUAUCCGAGAAACCUUCACUGACAUCCUCCAGACAUCUUUAUCUCCGAUUUAUUUAAUUUUUUUAAUACUUCCUCUUAUCACUGCAUGACUGCAAUUGUUUAAAUUCUGGAAGUCUAAUCAAUAGUUUAUAAAUUAUUAUAAACUAUUGAUUUCCACGUCCUUCAGAAUGGAAAGAUUACUCCAUAAGUAAUAACAAUAAUUCAAGAUAAUAAUCAAUCAUUGAUUUGUAUUACUUUUAUCUGGAAAGUGUAUUAACUAUUGAUGUUUCUUUUUAUUCAUUGUGAAGUUUUAAGUUUAAAUUGUGGAAGACGUGGAAACCAAUAGCUUAUAAAUUAUUUAGAAAUCACUGGGACAUUUUUAAUUCACUCCGACGAACAAAUAAUUCGAUGGAAUAGACAUUCAUUUUUUAAUUGAAAAUUGUCUCUUCAAUUAAGAAAUUCAGGAUAAUAUCACAGAAUUUUUUCCUAGAGCUUAAAUUCCCAAAAAUGCAGAUUUUCCUGUAAAUCACUCAUUACGGAGACAACUGCGUUGUUACAAUGAAAAAGGGCUUCGUUUAAUUAUAUAAAUUCCGUUAUCACUCGUCGUCACUCUUGCCUGCAAAUCCCUCGCAGACAUAUAUUUUCUAGAAACCUCAGAUAAACUAUUUCUACAUGUAAAUAUGUAAAUACUCCACUAAAAAUGUUAAUUAUUUUCAAGAGUAUAAAUGACAGUGAAUUCGUUAAUUUCUGAUUCUCUAACUAGACAAUAGAACGUACAAAUAAUUGUUUUAGAUCUAGAAAUGCCCGAGGCAUUCUUUCUACCGUAGAAAAUCCAUAAAACUAAUCAACGAGAAUUGUCAAUAGAAAAACUCCGUCACAAAAAUCAACGAAAUAGCCAUGAUAAAGUACACAAGUCUUCUCAAGAACUCCAUUUUAUUCAAUAAGGUAACAUUUCAUUUCUAUUCACAGUUGUAAAAAAGAACACGACGUAAUAAAUACUGGACAAUUACCAUCAAAA